AUGGUGGUGAAGGUGAAGGAAGAAGAGGUGAAAAAGGAGUUUAUGGCUAGCUCGAAGGUUCGAAGCGCCAAAGACGAAGAAGGCAAGAAAGGAGCCAAGAAGGCGAAGAAGAGUCGCUGCCAGCAGUGCGGCACCAGCAUCGAGGUUAUUGGAUUCGACUGCCGCUGCGGCAGCCGCUUCUGCGUCGUCCACCGCCACUCUGCCGGCCACGGCUGCACCUACGACUACCGAGCGGCCGGGCAAAGCGAGCUUCGAAAGGCCAAUCCCAAGGUGGUCGCCGACAAGGUGCGCAAAAUCUAG